GCUCUCUGUGCAGCCAGAACCUCUUGGGGGAGAAGUGCAAGAUAGCAAAGUGUUUUUACCAGUCAUUUGAAAAACAAUAAAUACAAAAAUAAAACCACAAAACAUAUAGCUGACGAUUUUAUUAUUUUACAUUCACAUGUAUAUUAAAACAUUCGAUGAGGAGUUUACAAAUAGACGUAAACAGUGGGAGCGGAUGAAAUGCGGACACAAUUAUGGAAUUUCUGGAAGUGAAGUUUUAAAACAAACCAAGACCGGCGCUGGAUGACUCUUCGUUUUGGAUUUGGACAACAAUCCCUGGAUUUAACUCCAGUGACAUUUAGAUCUUAUGAGCUAAUGGAGUAUUUUCCUUAUUCGUUUCAAGUUCGUUUACAGCUCGCUUAACCAAAAAACGGCCAGCUUAUCGGGCGCGCGCUGCUUGAGAGGAACUGGCGAAUUAAAGCGCAUCUUGGCGGUAUGGUGCGCCUGCUCAAUUGCCUGGUCUUGGGGUAUUUGACAUGGAAUCUGGGGAUAUCUGAUGCCCGAGGAGAGUACUGUCACGGCUGGCUAGACAGCAGCGGGAAUUACCAUGAGGGCUUUCAGUGUCCAGAGGGCGUUGACACGGCGGACGCGACGGUGUGCUGCGGGAGCUGCUCGCUGCGCUACUGCUGCGCGGCCCCGGAUGCGCGCCUCGAUCAGGGGACCUGCACCAACGACAGAGAAGUGGACAACAACACGCAAUAUGCUGCCCAGCCCAUCUAUGUGCCCUUCCUGAUGGUGGGCUCCAUCUUCGUGGCGUUUGUAGUGGUGGGUUCUCUGGUGGCCGUGUACUGCUGCACCUGCCUGCGACCCAAGCAGCCCACACAGCAGCCCAUCCGCUUCUCACUGCGCAGUCAGGGCGAAACCAUCCCCAUGAUCCUCACCACAGCCCCCCCCAGCCUCCGCACACCAUCACGGCAGUCCAGCACGGCCACCACCAGCUCCAGCUCAGUGGGAGGAGGCAGCUCCGUCCGGCGCUUCUCCCUGGGCCGGGGUGAUGGACUGGGACAGAGCUCGCAACAGCAGCUCCUGAUGGUCUCGUCUUCCACGGCCUCCACUCCUGUGCCCAUGGCCCCGGCGCAGCCUCCGUUGGCUCCACCGCCCUACACCUCCCAGCAGGGCCUGCAGGGCAGUAACUCUCUCCAGUACACGCAUGCUCACAGCCAGUUACAGCUGCACCACCAGACCCUGCAAAGCUCCAGCUUCUUUCUACCACAACAGUUCUUCUUUCCCCUGCCGCAGGACCCGUUCUCCACAAACAAGGGCUUUGCUGAAUUCAGCGAGUGCUGACCGGGGGUUCCCGGCUCCUGCUCAAAAGGAAACGGACACCAAAGAAUCUGUCACUCACAAUGCCGUUGUUGUAGACUCAUAUUACAGGGGCUUCUGUUCCCUGUUCAAGGAAAUAGGCACUGAUGUGUCUUUCAGCUAGCUCAAUUGCCACUCUGAGACCGCAGCUGGAAUUUAAGAGCCACGUGGGCCACUAAAGCUGGUGAGAUGGUGAACUAUCAAUCUGACAGACACUCAAGUGCUGGAUACAACAUGCCAGAACAUGGACGCCUGUUUCAAAGCAACUCAUCAAAUCACUUUAAAUCUGCUUAUUUGAUGAAAGAUGUCUAUAUAUAUAUAUAUUUUUUUUUUAAAGAACUCCAGCUGAGUCAGGUGCGACUUAUUUAUCCAAAUUUAUUUGACAUGAACCGAGAGAAAUGAACCAAGAGAAAUGAACCAAUAGAA